GACAGGAAGACAGACAGGAAGACAGAGGGUGAGACAGGCAGGAGAGAAAACAGAGGAAACACUCCGACUGGAUGCGAGUCGGACACGAGACCGAGAGCAGACGGACGACAGAGGACUUUAACGUCAGAAACAGAACAUCGUACAGGAAUUUAUUCUCUUUCUACUCAAACCAGCUCUAUUCUCCACCCGGACGUCGCUGAAGACUAAAGAGGAAUAUUUCGUGCCGUUAAUCGUGAAUAAAAACGUGUUUUCCGACCCCCCGACGCAGGAUUAUGGUGCAGUUUGAGGAUCAAAAUGCUGAAAUGUAAAGUGGUCAGUUUCCUCUGGUUCUCCUGCCUGCUGCUGCUCAGGGAUCUAAGCGGCGCUCCCUCAGAGUCUCCCCCCUGUAACUUCUCUUUAUCCUCCCCCGUCUCCAACCUGGACUCCCUCUCCAUCACCCUCACUUCCCUCCGGAGGGACUGCUCCUUUACCGUCACCUCCUCAGGAUCAGAAACCACCGAGUGUAGAAGAGUAGGAGACGAGGAGGCAGAGACUAAUGAGAUAGGAGGAAAGGAGGAGGAGGUGAGGAAGGAGGAGUUAGGAGGGAACUAUUCGAGAACUAAUCAGCUAGGGGACGAGGAUGGAGGAAUCAAGGAGGAAGGAGGUGUGUUUACCUGUGUGUUGGAGCAGCUGGAGCCGGGAACGGCCUAUGAGCUGAUGGUCCAGUCCCAGAGCAACAAGGAGACCAGAAACAUCACGCUGCACACCCGCCCGUCAGCAGUGCUGGGCCUGGUUCUCUCCUCCAUCAGCAGCAGCAGCCUGGGAGUUUCCUGGCAGGCCGGCCGAGGGCGGACUCAGCGCUUCAGGCUGCAGCUGAGAGACCACACAGGUGUGCUGAGGAACGAGACAUUGUUGAGCACGGCGACGCAGCACACACUCCUCAACCUGACGCCGGGGCGAUUGUUCAACGUUACCGUUGUGACGGAGGCGGGGGGGCUUCAGAACAGCGCAAUGGUGGCGGCUCGGACAGUUCCCGCCGCCAUCUACAACCUCCUGCCGACCACCUCCGACCACAACGACACCAGCUUCCUGUUGUCAUGGCAACAGCCCGAAGGCGACCUGGACGCGCUCUUCGUCGUCCUGGCCGCGCUCUCGACCAAUGACACGAGCAGCUGGGAUAGGACGCUGUUGCCCAGUGACACAGAGGUCUUCGUGGAUCAGCUGACUCCAGGCUCGGCCUAUCAGGUCACAGUGAUGUCCAUUAGUGGAGAGCUGACGAGCCAAUCAGAACUCACCGUCCGGACAGCUCCAUCUACGGCCUCCCUCCUCUCACUCUCUCCCUCCCCCUCCGGCGGCCUACUCCUUUCCUGGGUUUCCCCCUCCGGUCUCUGGGAGAGCUACAGGCUGCUCCUCCUCGACGGAUCCAAGGAGUUAGUCAGCACCGCUCUGGACCGAGAGGCAGUGAACUACAGCUUCCCCGGGACCGGUCUAAUUCCUGGAAGAGUUUACAGAGCCGUGCUGAGGGUGGAGAGCCGAGGACAGACGAGAGAGAGCAGCUGUGAGGGGAGAACAGCUCCCGCCUCGGUGUUGGACCUCCACGUCCGUCACGCUGACGAAACGUCGCUCAGCGCCAUGUGGAGCCACGCCCCCUCCGGGUCACGUGACCAAUACUUCCUGACGCUGCAACACGGUAACGUGACGGUGGACACGCGGGAGGUGGAGCCCCACACGAGGGAGUGCACCUUCAACGUCCUCACACCUGGACGGCUGUACACCGUCACCGUGACAACCAGGAGCGGGAGACUGAACACGUCAGUGACUCUGCAGGGCCGCACAGUUCCCAUGGCGUUACGUGCUCUGACUCUGAGGAGCUCGGGGGUGAACAGCCUCACUGCAUCAUGGGAAAAGCCUCCUGGAGACGUGGACUCGUUCUCUCUGACGCUGCUGCAGGGCGGCACGGUGCUUCAGAACACCAGCGUUCCCGUCUCCUCUUCUUCUGUGGUGCUUGACGGUCUGACCCCGGGCUCCCUCUACAGGCUGCAGGCCGUCACCGUCAGCGGGGGGGUCCCAUCCAAGAGCGUCAGCCUGGAGGGACGCACCACUCCAGCCUCUGUCUCCGAGGUAACGGUUGCUAACGGCGGGCACAGUAACGCUCUGCAGGUGUCAUGGCGACCUGCUCCCGGUGUGUUGGACAGUUACCUGGUCCUCCUGCAGGACGGCGGUCGCACCGUCCACUCGCUCGCCGUCUCCAGGUCCUCGCCGACCAGCUGUUCCUUCAGCUCGCUGGUCGCCGGGCGGCUUUACACCGUCGUCAUAGUGACGAGGAGCGGCGGGCUGGAGAACGCCACCACGGUGAAAGCACGCACACAACCUGCCACGGUGCAGAACCCGAAUGCGAUCCACUCGGCACGAGACGACUACCUGAGGGUGUACUGGCGCAACCCGGACGGAGACCUGGACCGCUACCAGGUUCUGAUCCGGUACAACAACAUGGUGCUGCAGAACCAGAGCGUUUCCGCGGGAACCAACGAGUGCUUCUUCUACUCGCUGACGCCGGGGCGACUGUACACCGUCACCGUGGAAACGUGGAGCGGAGAUUACGUCAGCAGCCGGUCCACCGACGGACGCACCUUUCCAGCAGCUGUGGGGAAUCUGUCUCUCGUUGACGCAGGAACGUCUGAUCUGACCGUCAGCUGGAGCCCGGCGCCGGGAGACGUGGACCACUACGAGGUGACCCUGCUGUUUAACGACUCGCAGGUUUUCCCCCCGGUGACUCUGGGCAGCGAGCGGCAGCGGCACCAGCUGACCUCUCUGACCCCUGGCAGGAUCUACAAGGUCGUGGUGUCGACCUUCAGCGGGAAAAACCAGAGAGCGUCCUCCAUCAAGGGACGCACAGUCCCCAGUGCGGUGGGGAACCUCCACGUCUCUCCUCGCUCCGGCCUCUCGGACUCUCUGGGGGGUCUGAUGGUGUCCUGGACCCCCGGAGACGGAGACCUGGACCUGAUCAUCGUCACCUUAUCCACCACCAAUGGAAACAUCCUACAGACUCGCCGCAUCCCCAAGUUCGUCUCCUCUCUGGACUUCCUGGAUCUGACUCCAGGUCACGCUUACACCGUCACCGUCCAAUCACUGAGCGGGCAGCUGACCAAUAUCAACGCAGCAAGCGGCAGGACGGCUCCGGCGCGGGUGACGGCGCUGCAGGCGGAUAACGAUCACACCACACACAGCCUGAAGGUCCAAUGGGAGCGCCCGCUCGGCGUCUACGACGGCUACGCUCUGCAGCUAUUGGACGAGGCCGGCGCUCUGCUGGCCAAUCAGACGGUCCCUGAGGAGAAACGCAGCGAGCGCUUCGAGGGUCUGACGUCCGGCCGCUGGUACAGAGUGAAGGUCGUCACGCUCAGCGGGGGGGAGAGGUCGCUGGAGGCAACAGCUGAGGGACAAACCCGUCCAGCGGCGGUCAGUAACCUCACGGUGUCGUCCCAGAACUCGUCUUCGCUCUCCUUCUCGUGGCGUCCGUCUGAUGGACACGUGGACGUCUACCACCUGUCACUCUACAGGGUCGCCGAGGCAACAGCCAAUCAGAGGCAGGAGUCCGCAAGAAAAGAGCCUCAGCAGCCGGUCUUUGUGCAGACCCUCCCUCCGGCUGCAGACACUUGUGUUUUCUCCGGGCUGGAAGCAGGAAGUCUGUACCGGCUGCAGGUGGAGAGCCGGAGCCGAGACAUGAGCAGCGACUCCGCCCUGCUGGCCAGGACCGUCCCCUCCCCGGUCUCCUCUCUGGAGGUCCAGAGCUCAGGACAGACGGACAGACUGACGGUCAGCUGGCAGCGAGCUGACGGAGGCUGCAGCAGCUACCAGGUGGUGUUGUCGGAUGUGUCUGGAGCUGUUGUGGCGGAGCAGACGCUCGGCACUGACCUCAGCAGUCAAAUGUUCUCGGGGCUCGUUGCUGGUAGGCUGUACCGCGCUGAUGUCAUCACUCACAGCGGAGAAAUGACCAAUAACGUGUCAGCGCUCGGGCGCACCGCUCCUCAGCCGCCCACCCACCUGUCCGUCAAACAAGGCUCGACCAAUCAGACGCUGGAGUUGUCCUGGUCAGGUCCCGCCUCCGGAGACUUUGACAGCUUCAAUCUGCAGUGGGCGCCUCCGGACCGCCUGUCAAUCACUCAGGUCCAGCUGACCGGCCGCGUGCUGAGCGGGAUGUUUCCAGGCCGACAGUACAACUUCACCGUGGCAACCGUCAGCGGGGGCGGAGCCAGGGCCGGGCCUUUGGUCAGGAGCGAGCCAAUCAUGAGGAGCGUCAGGACAAGCCCCUCCCCCCUGAGGUCCCUCCACUGUUUCCCUCUCUCGCCCUCCUCCCUCUCCUGCUCCUGGUCCGCCCCCCUUUCAGACUUCGACUCCUACGAGGUCGAGUGUUGGCGCCAUGACGACGGCCAGCUGACCCAAGCGAUGCGGUUGUCGGGCAGCGUCACCACGGUAACGCUGGAUCAGCUGGAGGCGUACAGGAAGUACAUGGUGACGGUCAGAGUCACUUCCUGCGGAGAGAAGAGCAGAGAGACGACACACACCACCAGCACCAUGAUCGACCGUCCGCCGGUCCCGCCCCCCAGUGUCCGGGUCAGCGAGAGGUCGAAGGUCACGCCGUCGUCCAUCCUGUUCCGCUUCAACUGCUCGUGGUUCAGCGACGCUAACGGAGCCGUGCGCUUCUUCUCCGUCAUCGUGGCCGAGUCUGAGGCCAAUGAGCUGCUGCAGCCGGAGCAGAUCCACCCGCUGCCGUCCUACCACGAUUACAUCAACAACGCCUCCGUCAGAGCCUAUCAGAGCGCCUACUUCUCCAGCCGCUGCCCGCAGGACAACAACUACAACAACAACAACAACGCUCAGGUUGUGGAGGUGAACCUCGGGGCGGGGGGGGAUCGUCUGGGGGGGGAGUGUGACCGCUACCAUGACGACGAACUCUUCCUGAGCGACAGCUACGGAGGUUUCUGUGACGGACCGCUGAAACCCCACACCUCCUAUAGAGUGAGUGUGAGAGCGUUCACCCGUCUGUUUGAUGAAAAUCACAGAGAGUAUCCUCAGCCGCUGUUCUCCGACACCUUCCUGUCAGCACCAAUCAAGACACACUCAGAGCCUCUGGGGGGAGUGGUGGAGGGUCUCAGUGCUGGGAUGUUCCUGAUCGGGGUUUUGGUUGCCGUCGUCUCUCUGCUGGUCUACAGACAGCGGCUACGCAAAGUGGCUGUUCAAGAGAACCCGGUCGUGAGGAUGAGCAUGUGGAAAGAAGUUCCCUCUGCAGGAUUAUACCUGGGCGUCAGGGGGAACCGUAGAGUAGCCAGUCCGAUCAAAGCGUGUCACUUUGAGUCUCAUCUGAACAAACUGCAGGCCGACUCCAACUACCUGCUGUCAGAGGAGUUCGAGGAUCUGAAGGACGUCGGACGUAAUCAGAUGAUGGACGUGGCCCGAGUGCCGGAGAACCGCGGAAAGAACCGCUACAACAACAUCCUGCCAUACGACUCUACCAGAGUGAAGCUGUCCUUCCUGGAGGACGACCCCUGCUCUGACUACAUCAACGCCAGCUACAUCCCUGGUCAUAACUUCCGCAGGGAGUACGUGGCGACGCAGGGUCCGCUGCCCGGCACUAAAGACGAUUUCUGGCGGAUGGUGUGGGAGCACGGCGUUCACAACGUCGUCAUGGUGACGCAGUGUGUGGAGAAGGGACGGGUGAAGUGUGAUCAGUACUGGCCCCCAGACAGAGAGCCUCUGUAUUACGGAGAGCUGGUGGUCCAGAUGCUGUCAGAGUCCGUGCUGCCGGAGUGGACCAUCCGGGAGUUCAGGAUCACAUCGGAGAGCAGCUGCAGUUACCCCCGGGUGCUGCGGCACUUCCACUACACCGUGUGGCCGGAUCACGGCGUCCCGGAGAGCUCGCAGUCUCUGAUCCAGUUCGUCCGGACGACUCGGGACUACGUCGACCGGAGCCCGAGCACCGGGGCCACUGUGGUGCACUGCAGUGCUGGUGUGGGUCGUACCGGGACGUUCAUUGCUCUGGACCGGGUUCUGCAGCAGCUCGACUCUAAAGGAAACAUCGACCUGUAUGGCUGCGUGUUCGACCUCCGCCUGCACCGCCAGCACAUGGUGCAGACCGAGUGUCAGUAUGCCUUCCUACACCAGUGUGUGCGUGACGUCCUGAGAGCGAGGAAGCACCGCAGUGAGCAGGAGAACACGCUGUACCCCAUCUACGAGAACUUCAACCCCGAGUACUGCCGCGAUUUCAUCUACACCGGACGCUGAGCAGACACCUGAUCAAGAGAGAAGCAACCAUUAGUCAAAACAAUCACAUAUUGUUCGAUAAACGAGAAAUUUAUCCUGGAAUUUGUUGCUUUUCCUGUCAAAUAUCACAUUAAAGUGAAUAUUUUUGAGUAUUUGACUUAAAAAACUAGACUCUUAACUAUAUUUCGAUAUUUUACAGACCAGCUCAACCUCACAUGUAUGAAAGUAAGCAGAUGAAGACGACCAAUUAUCACUUUUCAACAAUUCAUUUCCAUGGUGUAUCAUAGCAAGUUAUGGCUUGUGUAUUAGUGAUACCCAUUUCAUUCCAAAUGAAUCACGGUAAACAAACCAAAGCUGAAGAGCUCUUUAAUUGGCGCAGUUAUUAAUUAACACGGAUACUGAUGAUCUCAGGUCGCUGGUUAUUAAAGGAUAUUAGGGACUGAUGACCGGAGCUUUCAAUAGAUAUAACUAUAACUAUGUUCUCGCACACUGCGCCAUAUAAGCUGUUUAUUUAAAACGUUACACAUUGCUGUAUGUAAAUAUUGGUGCAAUACUCUUUUUAUAUAUGAUUAUUAUAAACUGUAAUAUGCUGUGUGUUAAAUGUAUGUGUUCUCAUAUCCUGCUGUCCUCAGACUUUACAGAAACACUACAUUUUUUAUAAAAGGUAUAAAAGAAAAGUCUGACUAAAAAUAUCUGCAUUCAGUCACAUUUUUCAGUUAAUUUGGUGUCAAAACAUUUUGGAAAUUUGGCUCUGAAACGUUAAAGCCAGCAUAAUAGGAUUUAAUAAAUUACACACAUUAUUUCUGGGGGAACCCUGUGACUGCUGGAAGGAUCUGAGUGUUUUUUAACAGGAUUUCUGCUGUUUUAAGAUGUCUUUUAUGGACUGAUUUCAGGGCUGGACAAUUAUUCAAUAUCUUGAUCUUGUACUAAAGCCUCAGAAGAAGGUCUUGAGUUAUAACGGACUUAAAACCAGUUUGAUGACGUUAUGAUUGAGCAUACAUUUGAUAUCUAUAUAUUUUGAUCAGAAGUAUUUUAUAUUGAUGAUUAUAUGCUCCACCCUCGCUGUCAGAACACUAAACUGGAUUAUUAAUUGCUGAUUAAAAAAUACUGCCUAACUAUA